GUAGCAACAGUUGCCUUGAGACCCCGCCGCGCUAUAGUGACUGUAGCCGUGGAGACAGUUACUUACCAACGGGCGCAACACUCAGCAACAGCAGCAGCAGCAUCUGGAAGUCACCGAGUGAGUUGGAGAGAGGGAAAGAGAGCAGUUCCAGGGCAGAACUUUUCUCAAGGCAAAGCAUGCAGAACUCAGAGGCAGCGGCAGACACCCCCACUGGUGUGGCAACGCUGCGGACAUCAUCAUCAGCCCAGGCUCCUGUGGUACAGCCAGUCCCCGCCUCCCAGCAGAGGGUGCUGGUUCAAGCCAUAGGCUCAGCUCAGAAAGGAGGACAAGUAUCAGUAUCCAGGGCCUCCCAGCAGCAGGUGCCACAUGUCUACCAGUCCCAAGUACAAUAUGUAGGAGAAAGCGAGGAAGCUGUUUAUACCAACGGAACUAUCCGAACAGCCUACUCCUACAACCCUGACUCUCAGCUGUAUGGACAAGGUAGCGGAGGGACCUACUUUGACUCCCAGGCUGGUGGAACCCACGUCACCACUGUGGUCUCCUCCGCCAGCAGUGGCGUGCCUCCUCAUGGCAUGGUCGGCAUUGCCAUGGACGUGGGCAGCAGCCACAUCAUCUCCGGUGGCAGCACCUACCUGCUUCAUAGCGGAGGCUUGGACGGAAACCGCAACCACAUCUCACACUCGUCUCGCUCCUCCUCAGCCAUGCUUGAAAUGGCGAUUGAAAACCUCCAAAAGUCUGAAGGAAUUGCCAGUCACAAAAGCAGCCUGCUCAACAGCCAUCUUCAGUGGCUACUGGACAACUAUGAGACGGCGGAGGGGGUGAGCCUGCCCCGGUGCUCCCUGUAUAACCAUUACCUAAGACACUGUCAGGAGCAGAAACUGGAUCCUGUCAACGCAGCAUCCUUUGGGAAACUCAUCCGCUCAGUCUUUAUGGGCCUAAGGACGCGGCGCCUUGGCACCAGAGGCAACUCCAAGUACCAUUACUAUGGCAUCCGGGUGAAGCCAGAUUCUCCACUGAACCGGCUGCAGGAGGACACCCAGUAUAUGGCAAUGAGGCAGCAGCCUGUCCACCAGAAACAGAGGUUCAAGCCUCUGCAGAAGGUGGACAGCAUGUCCGACAGCCUGUGUGGAAGCUCCCAGCACUGCAGCAGCACUCCAGAGCAGUCGGUGGCGGCUCAAAGCCAGCAGCACCAGCAGUAUAUCGAUACGUCUCACUCUUUACCUCCGUUUCCCUCUCUGGACCUGGGCACACAGCCUCUUCCUGAGCACAUGAGCAUGAAUGAUAUUAAAAAGCUGCAGACUCUCUACAGAGGCCACUGCGAGGCUACUUUGGACGUGGUGAUGAAUCUCCAUUUUCACUAUGUUGAAAAUCUGUGGCAGACCUUCUGGAAUUCAACACCGCCAUCUAGUGACAGCAGCACAGCCAUCCCCAGCAGCGAUGAUGACCUGGAGCGUGUGAUUCCCAGAGAAAAGCUUGUAGCUCUGUGUAAAUAUGAGCCGGUCAGGCUCUGGAUGAGGAGCUGCGAUCACAUCCUGUACCAGGCUCUGGUGGAGAUCCUCAUCCCUGAUGUGCUGCGUCCUGUUCCCAGCACUCUCACCCAGGCCAUCAGAAACUUCGCCAAAAGUCUGGAGGGUUGGCUGACGACCGCCAUGACCAGCUUCCCCCAGGAGAUCGUUCGCACCAAGGUGGCAGUGGUGAGUGCGUUUGCUCAGACUCUGAGGCGAUACACCAGUCUGAACCACCUGGCCCAGGCAGCCAGAGCCGUCCUACAGAACACCUCCCAGAUUAACCAGAUGCUCUCUGACCUCAACAGGGUUGACUUUGCAAACGUCCAGGAGCAGGCGUCGUGGGUCUGUCAGUGUGACGAAAGCGUGGUGCAGCGCCUGGAGCAGGACUUUAAGGUCACCCUGCAGCAGCAGAGCUCUCUGGACCAGUGGGCUUCAUGGCUGGAUAACGUGGUCUCUCAGGUCCUCAAGCCUCACCAGGGCAGCCCCAGUUUCCCCAAAGCUGCUCGCCAGUUCCUGCUCAAGUGGUCGUUCUACAGCUCAAUGGUGAUCAGAGAUCUGACUCUGCGCAGCGCUGCCAGCUUCGGCUCAUUUCAUCUGAUCCGGCUGCUUUAUGAUGAGUACAUGUUCUACCUGGUGGAGCACCGUGUGGCUCAGGCCACCGGAGAGACCCCCAUCGCCGUGAUGGGAGAGUUCAGCGACCUGACCUCCAUGAUGCCGUCAUUCAUGGAAAAAGAUGCAUCCUUCUCAGAUGAGAUGAGUAAUUUAGAAAGUGAUGCCGACGUGUCCAGCGGUCCUGCUGAACCAGCAGUGAAGAGGGAGAGGAUUGAAAUAAGCCAUCCUCUGCAGGAAGUGUGAGUCCAGUCUGCGCGCAGGCAGAAAGCAGGCUGCUGGAGAUGCAGCAUUUCUUUCUCCUGCAGCAAGUGUGCAAUGUAAAUAGGAGGAGGAAGGGUUCUCCCUUUAGGUUUAUUCUUUUUUUUUUUUAAGUCACAGUUGUGUAAGAGAUGUUUUGUUUUUGUUGGAACUGUGAAUUACUUCUGUGCAGUAGCUUCUCAUUAUUAUUGGAUGUGUAACUUUAAAUGGCGGUGUUUGUGGUUCGUCUUUGUUCCUGUUUUGAUUUUGAAAAAAUUGUUUUAGUUGCGCCAUAGUGUCCUUUGAGUGCCUUAGAUUACCUUUGAAAUCACCGCUACAGAUGUCAAUCUGUCCCUCAGCUGUGCCUCAACCGCAGUAUGAAUGUAUCGUCUUCAAACCUCAAACUCUCAGAGCACUUUCUACUCUGGUCUGGUUGUAGUUUUGCUCUCCUUGUUGCCUCUGCUGCUCCUCGUAGCAUUAAAAAGGAAACGGUUAGAAGCUGGAGCUUGAAGCCUACGAACUCAAAGGACUUUUCCUUGAAUUAUUCCCAGCAGCUGCCUCUGUUUGAAGCAGCAGAGAUUAUCAGGGAUUGAAACUCCUUGGAUUUCUACCUUAAAUGUUUCUAUGCUGUGCUCCUUUUGGCUCAAUUACAUAUAUUUAGGGAAAAAACUAUUCUUAGAAAGCUCUCAGGUCACCCAUUGAUCAUAUAAAGAGCCUUGCAAAAGUUUUCAAACCCCUUGAAGUUCUUUAUUACAAUUUGAAGUCAGGCAUAAUUAUAAAGGAUCUGAAAAGAUUGUCUUCAGUCUGCAGGCUUCCUACCAGUUUUGCACAUCUGCAGACAGAAACUUUUUUUAAUUAGCUCAGGCUAUGUCUGAUUGUCUGUAGAGCACAAACCAACAUUAAAUCCAAAAAUUCUCAGCUGAAUUUAGAUCUGAACCAGGAUUACCCAAUGACUGUCCUGCUCUUUAGAGGCAUCCCUCCUUCCUCAGCUGGCCAGUUGGAGAAGCGGUUCAGCCAAAGGCUGCAGGGGUUUGACUGAACCAAUCCCGUGGAGCUCUGACUGCUGAACCUCAGAACUAGCCUAGAAUGGGUUCAUUUCCACCCCUUCCUAAUGAGCUUCAGCGUCCCCUUAGCAUGAUGCUACCAUCUCCAUGCUAUAAAGUUAAGGUGGUGUGUUUUAGGGAAGAGCAGUCAAGUUUUUUUCCCCAUGCAACUAGAACACUACUGCUGAAUCUUGAGGCUAAUUGGACCUUUUUGUGGAUUUUUCUGGGUCAAUCCAGCAUAAAAAAAAAACUGAUUCCACUUUAGCUCCUGCUCUGUGCAGUUCCUCCAGAGUGGCCUUAAACCUUUGGCUGCAUCCCUGAUUAAUGCUCCCCUUUAUACAAAAUGUUUCUGGUUUUAUUUGUGUAAAAUAAAUCAUUCUUUCCCAGAAGGUAGAUUAUUCAGGGCUGUGAAUACUUUUGCAGGGUUUUGUCUACAUAGAGCUGGAAUAACAUCCUAAAUUAUUCUGGAGUUGGAAAUAUUCCAGAUUAACCAACAGGAUUGUGUCAGGAUGUUCAGAAUCCUCCAUGUUAGAUCUUUGGACCUAGAACCUUUAACAGAUCCGAGCCUCGAAAACUCAUUUUCCAUUUAACGUCUUUCUAGUCUGAGUGAAACAGGAUAAUCCAGUGUGUUAUUUGGGGAACCAUAUUAAUAAUUUCCUGUUUUUCCGUAGAGCAGCUCAGACUGCAGCCUGAACUCUGAUGUUAAAUGUCUAAAACUUAAGUUUAUCAGUGCAGACCAGCUGCUGGCCGCAGUUACCCACAAUGUCUGGAAAAAAAUUCCUAUUUAUGAAAUUUGAUGGAUUUGUGUUGAAAUCGUAUAUUUUUUUUUCCCCCUCAGAGGAUGUUGUCGUAGCAACAAGAGUCUUAAGUUGUUUAAGGCUUUUAGUAACUCGUGCCUGUCACUGUAAUCUGCCUUAAAGUGCUUUUGGAGGAAAUUAUUUCUAUGUGUAACGUUUUGUAAAACUGUUUUAGAUUAUUUUCUAUUGAACUAGUUUCUUCUCACAAGUAUACGGAACUUAUUUAGUGUAUUUUUAAACCUGUUCUUGACACUUCAGCUAGCCUAAGGACAGAUCUGUAAUAAACUGCAUACCUUCACUGUAUUUUGUACUUGGUCACAAUGUUUAAUAAACUGUUGGAAAUCCAAA